UGGCCUGUUCUUUUUAUCUGAAUAUGGAAGCUUCCUGUUCUACUAAUUCAAUGUGUGAAGACAUUGACUGCGAAUCAAUUCUGCCUAGUUCCAACUGCAAAGAGUCAAACACUGAAGAUCAACAAUCUGUCAGUAUGAAUAUUAAAGAGACUGUUGAGAUAGAGAUUCAUGAAGAUAGUAAUUACUGCUCUGAAAGCAAGAAAGCCAGUUUCAUAGAUGAGGCAGAUGGAGCACCUGCUAAUGACGUCCAUCUCCAAGAUUUCCAUGUAGAGUUCUCUGCCAUUGAUGCUGCUUCUGAUGAGAAUAGUGAGGCUAAUUCUGGGGAGAAUAGUGCUUAUAUGGAACCGAGUUCGUCUGGUACUUUUGAUGGUAAUUUGGAGAACUUUUUGAGUAAGUCUGCGACAUUCCCUUCCUCUGAAUUGGAGUUUUACCAUUCCUUCUGUACCGAGGAGACUGCAGCAUCACCAACAUAUAAGCGUUCAGUCUCCCUCCCUCCAUCUUUCAACUUUAUCUCUGCCAUGAAAGGAGGCCGAGCACGGCAUGGGAUAGAUUUGAGAUCGGAUCUGCGUGUAAAAUGGGCGACGGAUGUUUACGAUCCGCCUGUGAGUUCAAUGCUACAGAUGGUGAAAAUUAAUAAUUGUCGGCAACUUAAGUCGAAGAAGUUCGAUUAUGUUUGGCUUAAUAUAGCUUGA